AUGAUAACGAAAUCUAAAAUAAAGCACACACAAUAUGCACAAGCAAUAAAAAUCAGUUCUUUUGUUUCAGAUGAACUUAACCAGAAUAAGCGUAACCGUCCUCGCGACAUGUCGCUGGCGGAGCCACCACAUACCAUGGAGAUAGCACAAAUUCUAAUGUCUCUACUGCACGCCUGGGGGCUAGACCCUGAUCUGGACCGAGUGUGCGAGUCCAAACUAGGAUUACUGCGCCCUAUGGUGCCGGUAUGCUUUGGUGUGGUGUCCCGCCACGGUCACAUGUCUGUACAGCUGCCCACGUGGCUGGGCACCUGGGCGGAGGCCGCCGCCGCUGCUCCCACAGAUCCUGCGCUGCUAAGUUCUGAACUUCCUCCAGAGCUGCUACGACAAGAGAAACUCACCAGGCUGUUUACAUCGAAGCUACACUGGGAGCUCAGCACGACCUUGACAACUAACCACUUGCUGUCGAUCGUCGCGCUCGCCAACACGCUGAUGUCCAUGAGCAACGCCAGCUUUGUACCCGAGCAAGAAGUCAUCAGGCGAUUGCAUAGGCCUACGACUCGCACGUCAUCGUGGGGCGGCGACGAAGAGAGAGAAGAGCAGCUCGCGGCGCAGCAGGCUCACAUCAAGCAGGGCUGGUCGCUGCUCGCUACGCUGCAUUGCGUGCUACUGCCUGACAAAGUCGUAGCAGCUGGUGCGAAAAGCUUCAAAAGGCCACAAGUAGAGAUGUUGGCCCGAAGAUGGCAGCACCAGUGUCUUGAAGUACGCGACGCUUCGCAGGCGUUGCUUUUGGCUGAGCUUGGCAGAAUGGGUCCGAAAGGACGCAAGCAGCUGGUGGACAGCUGGGCGCAGUACUUGCCGCUGUACACGCACACUGAGAGUAUCAAUCCGCACGCCGCACAAAAGGAGCCUGUCGAAAAGCAAGAAGAAGAGUCUGAGGAAGAAGAGGAGGAGAUUGUCCGCAAGCCGUCUUCUCUAGCCGAGCUUAAGAGAAAGCAGACGACGGCCGUGGUUUUGCUUGGAGUUAUUGGUGCAGAGUUCGGACAAGAUAUUGCCAGUGAAGGUGCAGCUGGCAGCAAGAGACGUAAAGACGGGGAUAGUAGAAAGAGCUCCAUUGUUGAAGGGUUCACGCUGAGCUCGUCCAACAACCUGGCGCGGCUGACGGCGCUGGCGCUGACGCACCUGCUGCUGGCGCCCGGCAGCGCUCGCUUGCCCGCGCACACGCCGCUGCGCAGGGCUGCCGUCGAUCUGUUGGGCCGCGGCUUCGCCGUCUGGGAGCCCUACCUCGACGUCAGCCACGUCCUGCUCGGUCUGCUAGAGAUGUGCUCGGAUGCGGACAAGCUGGUGCCGUCAAUGACGUACGGGCUGCCGCUCACGCCGCAGGCCGACAGCUGCCGCACCGCGCGCCACGCGCUCACGCUCAUCGCCACCUCCAGGCCGGGCGCGUUCAUCACGACGAUGGCGCGCGAGGUGGCGCGGUGCGCGGGCGCGGCGGCGGGUGCUCCGCCGCCGCCCGCAGCACUGGCGCUGCAGCGCGGCCGCGCGGAGGUGUUGCGCGGCAUCGAGCUGCUCAUCGAGCGCAUGCACGCCGAGGUCGCCGAGCUGCUGGUCGAGGUUAUGGAUAUUAUCCUGCACUGCGUGGACCAGUCACACUUGAAGAGUAAAGGGUUGAACGAGGUGUUCCCAGCCAUUUGUCGUUACAACCAGGUGUCACACUGUCCGGCUACGCGCAGGAUUGCAGUGGGCAGCCACACGGGACAACUAGCGCUGUACGAGCUCCGCGCUGGGCGCUGCCAGUCUUUAGCAGCGCACGGGGGGCCCGUCACCGCUUGCGCCUUCAGCCCCGACGGCCGCUACUUAGUCUCCUAUGCCACGUCCGACAACCGCCUUUCGUUCUGGCAGAGCACCGCCGGCAUGUUCGGGCUGGGCGCGGCGCAGACCCGCUGCGUGAAGUGCUACAGCACGGCGCCCAUGGCCGACGUGGCGCGCCUCAACCCUGCGCGUCUUGCGCGCCUCGUCUGGACCAACUCUCGCACCGUCACGCUCAUGCUGGCCGACGGCUCCGAGACCCGCUUCAACGUCUAG